AUGGCUCAAAACGAGAACGUUGAAAAUGAGGUGAGAGAGGAAACAUCGAAGGAAAAGGAAGAAUUCAUCACUAUACCUGAGCCAAUGGCUCUCCAUCCUCUAAAACAAAAGUGGACAUACUGGUAUUUGAACGAUGACAGAAAUGCGAGUUGGGAAGAUCGUCUCAAGCCAGUGUGCACCUUCUCGACAGUUGAAGAAUUUUGGGCCCUUUACAAUAACAUACGCCCACCAUCCGGACUCAAUUGCCUUUGCGAUUACAACGUUUUUAAAGCUGGGAUCCAACCUAUGUGGGAGGUGCCGGAGAACUUGAAAGGAGGAAGAUGGCUUAUUACAAUAGAAAAAGGACGUCCUCCCGAGGUAAUGGAUUUGAUCUGGUUGGAGAUUUUGAUCGCAAUGAUUGGGGAGCAGUUUGGAGAUGAUAUGGAUCUUAUUUGCGGUCUUGUGUGUAAUGUACGUGGAAAAGGAAGCAAGAUUAGUAUGUGGACAAAAGAUUGGAGCGCCGAGGAAGGAAACAUGCGGAUCGGGCAAAUUUUGAAGCAGAAACUGCUGGGUGCUGAUGUGCCCCCUAACUGUCCUUCCCCAUUGUUUGAUUGGUUGAAGUACGAGGACCACGACAGUUGUCAGAAGAAAAGUGGAAGCACUGUAAAGGCCAAGCUGUCAAUAUCUGCCGUUAACCAGAUGCCCGAGAGGAACUAA